AUGCAGCUCACACAACUCACCCUCCUCGCAGCAUUGCUGCCACUCCUCAACGCUGGUCCAGUCCCAGCUGAGACAGUCGAGAGAUCACCAGCGCCUGAAGCUGUCGCCGAGGCGGAGAACCUAUACUUCAGAGGGUACAAGAUCAACAAGGAGCGAGAGGCAGAGGCCAGUCCUGAAGCAGCCGCCGAAGCUGAAGCUGAGAAUCUGUACUUCCGUGGAUACAAAAUCAACAAGGAGCGUGAGGCAGAGGCUGAAGCAGACAAUCCUUAUUUCAGAGGAUACAAGAUCAACAAGGAGCGUGAAGCUGAAGCAAGUCCAGAGGCAGAGGCUGAAGCCGAGAACUUGUACUUCAGAGGAUACAAGAUAAACAAAGAGCGGGAAGCUGAGCCCGAGGCCGAGGCCGAUAACCUCUACUUCCGCGGAUACAAGAUCAACAAGGAACGUGAAGCUGAAGCAAGUCCAGAGGCAGAGGCUGAAGCGGAGAACUUGUACUUUAGAGGGUACAAGAUCAACAAGGAGUGA